AUGCCAUUGCUACCUGUCUCUGCCUCUAUCGCGUGCGCGGUUUACCUACUCCUGGUCCGCCUCACGCGCUGGCGAGUCUACAACCGUCUACAUCGCAAAUAUGCCCAUCUGGACCCCGUGCGCAACCCGAAAGCGCGCAUGACGGCGACGGAGGCGCAGGACAUAACUCAUGCCAGUGUCGUGUGGGACAUGGGCGCCCUGCUUGCCAACGCGUUGUCGUUCGCCAUCGUGCGGACGUACGCUAUCCCAUCUAUCUCAAAGAUACUGUGCUCCAGUAAAGAGCUAAAAGCAGGGCCAUCCGUGUCGAAGCGGUAUUUAGACACGGCAAUCAUCGCAGGGACUUGGAGUUUCUGUCCGAUCAGUGCUACGGAUCCCCCGACUGAACUGUACGCGUCUGAGACCAAGGGCGAACCGAAGGCUGAUCCAGACCCGCGCACUUUCAUUGGCAUUGCGCGUAUGAACUGGUUGCACGCACAUUAUCCGAUUUCUAACGACGACUACCUGUACACGCUCUCGCUAUUCAUCCUCGAACCGGUCCGCUGGGCGCAGAAGUAUGGGUGGCGCUCACUGUCACCGUUGGAGGUGCAAGCUCGGCACGUGUUCUACACUCGCGUUGGCGAACUCAUGGGUAUCCGCGACAUACCCGACACGGUUGAGGGUUUGAUAGCCUGGUCAGAGGAGUACGAGGAGCAGCAUAUGGUACCUGCCGAUACGAACAAGGAGGUAGUAUCGGGCAUGAUGACCGAGCUCUCGAGUGUAGUUCCGGCCUUUGCGCGCGGCAUAUUCCAAAGGAUCAUCAUUUGCCUCUUUGAUGAGCGCACGCGCGUAGCAAUGGGCUUACCAGAGCAACCGGCGUGGAUGCACUCGCUCGUCGGGACCGCGGCUUGGCUCUUCAAGUUCACACAGGGUCAUCUUCUUCUCCCACGCUUCUCUCAAGUCCCCCUUGUCCCUAUGAAAGCACCACGUAUGCCUACAGAUGGUAGUCUCGCACGUAUGCAUCCUGCGUGGCCGGUCACGAAGCCGUGGUAUCUUCCCAGGCCAACUGGGUUGCAACGAGUGCUCGAGCGCGUAAUGAUAGUGUUCGGUCUGAAGAGUGAGGAGGACCUGCCAGGGCCCAAGUACAGAAGCGAAGGGUACAGACUUGAAGAGCUGGGUCCCUUGCGGUGGAAAGAUGCGGGCCACGCCGAGGUGAUGAAGUUGGCUGAGGACAUGAUGGGCUGUCCUGUGCGAGGGGCUUGGGCACGAGAGGGGUAA